AACAAAUACAUGGAAAAUAACAAAAGACUCGAAAUUCAGUCUAAGCGAUAUAAUAAGAGGACUUAUACCGAAACAACUAAUCGACCAACUGGCAGCAGUAACAAGUUAGAAAGAAAUAAUCAAACUCAAGAAACAACAGAACAAAAGGAAAUAAAAAGAAAACUUGAAGAAUUUCCAAACAUAAAAUCAAAAAAUAAUGAAAAAAAUAAUGAAAAAUAUAAAAAACAAAAAAACCAAAUAGAAAAUUCCAAAGAUCAUAUCUUAAUUAUAGCAAUAGAUUACACAUUACAGAUAGAUACCUCGAUUUAUAAGUUUAUUUUCAAUUUAUUAAAAAUAGAUAUUAGUGAGGCCGUAGUGGUUGAAACUUACUAA